AUGGCCUCACAAGGCCAGUUGUCGCCGGAGAUGGCGGCCGAGAACAAAGGUCCCGGGAUCUUGGCUGCAUGCUACACGGUGGAGGUGAUCGCCAGCUUGUUCGUUGCUGCUCGUCUCUUUGUGCGCGGGCGGAUGAUGGGCAAGUGGCAGCUCGAUGACUGGCUUAUCAUCUUGUCUAUGCUUUUUGGAUGGAUCGCCGUUGCUUUCACAACUGCUGCCGUCGCGAGCGGCAGUGGCAAGCACUUCGAGGUGCUGACAGAAAGCCAACACUCGAAGGCCAUCUUUUGGACUGUCAUGGGCUUCGGCCCAGGCGUCAUGUCGUUCGGCAUACCUAAGCUCGCCGUCGUCGCUUUUCUCACACACAUCAUGAACCCGAGCAGGGUCCACCGCAUCAUCAUGUGGAUGAUGGCAUCGCUCUGCGUUUUUAAUUUGUUUAUUUGUGUUGUCUUUCAUUUUGCCCAAUGCUCGCCGGCCGCGUCACAAUGGGAUUUCUCGCUUGAGAGACGGUGCUGGAGUCCAUGGAUAUUGAUAUGGUGGGCGACCUGGUCCGGCUACUUCUCCGCUUUCCUUGAUCUAUAUUUCGCCGUGUACCCAUCAAUUGUGCUGUACAAGCUACAAAUGAACCGCAAAAAGAAGCUUGCCCUCUGUGCAGCCCUGGGGAUCGGGUCAAUUUCCACCAUCGUCGCCGUAUACAAAACCACCCGACUACCCUCGCUGGCAAGCGGGGACUUCACCUUCUCGACAUCCGACCUCGUCGUCUUCACCAUCGCCGAAGGCGGCACCAUCAUAAUAGCAGCAUGCAUCCCCGUCCUGCAGCCACUGCUCGAGAUGAUCACGGGCAAGCGCGGCUGGCUGAGCAGCGACCGGACGUCGGGCGGCCGGCCGUACCAGCAGCACUACGGGCGCGGCGCGCCGAGCUACGGGGCGGAGAAGUCGGUGCGGUCCGAGUUCGAGCCGCGGCGCAAGCGGCGGGUGGAGGACGACGACGACCUGCUGAUGACGAGCGUCGAGAUCGAGCGCGCCCAGGCGGCUAGGGAAGGCUUCUGGCCCCCCGCGGGCGAGCACCCGCCGCCGCGGAGCGCGGCCCUGCCCAGGACGCCGUCGCGGGCGUCCUCGAGGACGAGCAUCCGGGCCAACACGAGGCUGGCGUGCACGGCACGUGGCAUCUUUUCCCGGCCCCGCAGGAGUGAGGACGCGAAGUCUGUUACACCGGUCAUUACCAAGACACAGAGCAUCAUGGUUGAGUACGAGCCUUACAACGGCCGCUCGGGUUCGUGGCCGCUUUCGCAGGAUCCAUUUCCUAUGGGAGAUUCUUCAGACCCUGAGGGAGGAGAUUCUGCUCCCGUCACACAACGCUCAUUUUCCUUAGGGAGCGUCACGUCGCACUCUGGUGCUUGGAAAAGCUCAUAG